AUGAUGAUGAUGAUGAUGAUGAACCUGCAGAUCAUCACACGACGUUUCCACAGAAAUCUGAAGAUGAGGGUGAUAUCAGUCAUCCUCCUCCUCUGGGCUCCAGUGUUCAUCAGCUGUAACCAGCCACUGGACUGCAGUGAGGUCCAGAAACGGAACCUGUCCUCCGUCAGUGGAGUGUACACCAUCUAUCCAGCUGGAGGCAGGUCUGGUGUCCAGGAUGAUGAGAAGGGAGUCUGGAUGUUGUCUGUCCAUACUGUAGACGCCUUGAGCGUACACAACGGUAUGAAGUUCUCCACCUUGGACAGAGACCAGGACCAAUCAACUGGCCACUGUGCCAGGAUGUACCUUGGGGCGUUCUGGUACAAUAAUUGUCAUUAUACAAACCCUAAUGGGGUUUAUCGUUGGGGGGCGGAUGGCACACUCUAUGCUGUUGGAAUGUCUUGGCAUCAGUGGAAGGGUCAUGACUAUUCUCUGAAGUCCUUCAGCAUGAUGAUCCGUCCUGCACCACAACCUAUUGUGUAAUAAUUGUCCAGGACCAGCGUACAGCAGAAGAUCAGAUGUUGAUCUCUCUCUUGUGAUUUCUUUCUCUUUCAUUAAUCAUCUCAUCUCACAAAGAUCUUUCUUUUCCUCAAAGCUAACAAACACAAUCCACCAGGUCAAAAAAACAACAACUCAAUUCUUCAGUUUUGUUUCAGUGUGGUGGAACAGAGGGGGAACAUACAGAAUCCUUAUUGGUUGGGAUACGGUCACCUUCAGUAAUAACCAAUCACAUGAGCUCCUCUCAUCCAGUUAAAAGGCAGCAGACAGUUUAAUGAACCAGUAGAUUUAUAAGCUGUAAAAACUAACUAGCUAAUGUAACGUUAGGAUCCGUCUCCACAUCACGCAAGAACAGAACUGGAACCACCAGAGUCUGAGUGACUAUAAAACGUGGAUCCCAACCCGUGUGGGUCCUGGGUCCUUGAGUUUGUUCGACCUCCAAGAGUCUAUAGACUUCACACGUUUAUUAGAGAAACACUUUGUCAGUUUAGUUGAACAACAGCGACCUCUCAAUCUCUGGUGACGUCGCUCUCUAAACACAAGGUCAAUCCUUUUCCAAAGUCGACCAAAGAUUAGUUUGUUAGUGACAUGUUACAGUUACUGUGUGUAACUGGUUUCAACUGGUUUGGUGGAGGUUUGAACCCUGAUGUCAAAUCAUCAUCUGCUGUACAUGCAUAAUAUAUACUGAAGCAAAAGUG